AUGGCUCCUCCAAAAUCCACUGCCUCUCCGGCGCCGGCCUCUCUGAUAAGAGGCGGACGAAACCGUGUCGCCGAUUCUCUUUACGAAUGGUGCCGCAAGAACUAUGACUUCGGCUAUGUUUUCACCCAGGAAGAAUUGCUGCAAAGCAACAUUAUCCCAAACAGAGACAUCAAUGUCCUUCUCACAUCCGUCCAACAUCUUGUGGUCAGCCACCUCUUCAAAUUACAUGAUCGGCAAGGUGGCACCAUAGGUUGGGAAUUGAUUGCACAAGAGAAAGCUCAAAACUACCAGAACCUCAGCCGCGAUGAGCAGAUGGUACUGAUGAUUGUUGAAGGAGCGGGCACAUCGGGAAUAUGGACCAAGACGAUCAAAUGGAGAUCGCAGCUCCACGCCAGAGUUCUCGAACGAGUCUACAAACUACUGGAAACCAAAGGCUUGAUCAAGCCCAUGAAACAUGUCAAGAAUCCGGGACGAAAGAUGUAUAUUCUGGCAGGGCUGGAACCUUCGGAAGAUGCCACCGGUGGUGCGUGGUUUUCCGACGGUCAGCUCGAUGUAGGCCUGCUACAAUUCAUGACCCGGGCAGUCGAAAUGCAUAUCGCGAACCAGAGUUGGGCGACUGUCGAGCCAGACGGGCUAGAGAAUCAGCCCCCAUCGCCAGGUCAAAAACGCAAGGCUCCAGCCGAUAGUUUUGAGGAUCAUGGUGACGAGGGAAGCAAGACUGCCAAAACAGCCGAGGGACAAAAGGGUAAAGCCUCCAAAUACCAGCCUUUUGAUGUCGGCUAUACGAACUAUCCGACAGCGAGAACGGUCACUAAACACAUCCUCGAGAAACAGUACAUUACGACAAUACUUCCUCAAAACGCGGUCGCUCAGCUCCUCGAAGUCAUGGUUUAUGAUGGUGUCUUGGUAAAGAUGCUCCGCUCUCCUCAAGGCGACGAAUUCCCCGAUGACGUCUCUACCAACAAGGUCGCCAUGUAUCGAUCGUUCAAGACGCCGGCAGAACUGAGGGCCCAAUACUUUGUCCAAGGCGGGAAGACCAGCAGUCACGAAAGAACUCGCAAAGCCGCUUACCGUAAAGCAGAGCUCGAGGAGGUAGGGCGUGGCGGUACCAGCGAAGUACCGUGCAUGCAAUGCCCUGCGUUCGACAUCUGCGGAGACGGUGGCCCGGUCAACGUUGUGACGUGCCAAUACUUUGAUCAAUGGUAUGUCCAAGUCCGGGAAGCCGAUCGAGAGGCCGACGUAGCGAAACACCCUGCGAAAGACAAGGCGAGGAACAAAGAGAUAGACGCGGCAGGAAAGCAGAAAGAGAACGAGCGUGCGUCGUCCAAGAUCGAGAUCGAAUUAGACGACGAUUAG